UGUAGCCGGUCUGCGGGCAUCACGGUAACACGUUAACAGCCCUGUUUCAAUAUCAAGGACGAUUUUGGCCCAUCCCUCCAUCCCCCACUAUGUCUCUUGAUAAACGAAAAUUGAGAGGUCAAUACAUCCUGCUUGGUUGCGGAAUCAUUACUUCUUCUGCAAUUUAUGCUCUGUCCUGCUUUAUUGCACCUGCUUUUCGGCGUAUUUGCCUUCCAUUUGUCCCUGCAACAACUGCUCAGAUAGAUAGCAUUGCAAACAUCCUGGAAACAGUUCAGCGAACGGAAUCCCAUCACUCACUUGGCACGCUUGUUGACCUCGGGAGCGGAGAUGGUCGCGUGCUUAUAGACCUUCUCCGUCGACCACAGUUACACUUCGAAAAUGCCGUUGGCAUUGAUCUCAACCGGCCACUGGUUUGGUACUCUCGCUGGAAUGGCCGCCGCGUAGGCAUGAAGCGACCACUUCUGACUUUUAAACAUGGUAACCUGUGGACGACAGACCUUUCGAAGUACAAAACAAUAGUUCUGUUCGGAGUUGACUGCAUGAUGGAGAAAUUCGAGGACAAAGUGAAGCAAGAAGUGUUACCCAAUACCUUCGUCUUGACUUGUCGAUUUCCCCUUCCGCGGACAUCUCCUGAAGUAUGUAUAGAUGAGGGACCGGAUUCUGUGUACUUUUAUCGCUUCUGAUGAAAUAAAUUCAUUGUACAUAUCUUUUA